AUGCACGGGAGUGAGGUGGAGCUGUUGGAUGCGGAAUUGGGCGACACAAGCGGGGAAGAGAUGAGAAGUCUCUCCUCCGCGGCGGAUGCCGAUCUCGAGUGGAUUCCCGAGGAAAAUGAGCCCGACGAGAGUCAACUGAUUCAUGAAGAUUAUUAUGCGGAGGAGGAAGAGGACGGAGAGGAUGAAGGGCCGCACUUCAUGGCAUCGGCUUUGAGCAAAGCCUUUGCGCGCGACCUGGUGAAUCAGAAACUACAACAACAAGAGGGGGAAAACACAGGAUUAGGAUCGCCGUAUACUGCGGAGCAGGAAGCUGUUGAAGGAAAAGUCAAGAAGGCGAAGAUUUGCUGUAUAUGUAGCGAUGCAGCCGUGUACACAUGUCCAGGCUGCGGCGCAAGGACGUGCAGCAACGUCUGCGUGCAGAUGCAUAAGAAGGAGUCUCAAUGCAAGGGAGAGCGUGACAUUGCCAAGAAGGUGCCGUUGAGUGAGUUUACAGAUAGACAGCUGCAGCGCGAUUUUCAUUUCUUGGAGGAUGUCAGUCGGAUCAUCAGUAAUUGUCGACGGGGAUUUUCAAAGUUUUGGCGUUACACCUUUCGCGCACUUCCCCCACCGCUACACGCGUUGCGGGAGGCGGCGAAGAAAAGAGGCGUCGUGUGCCAAAUCACGUCGGAGGGAAUGACGAAGCGGAAUGAGAACACAUCUCGCUUUGACAGAAGAACGGAAACGAUUACGUGGCGUUGUCAGUUUAACUUUCACGAUCCCGACUUCACUGUUGUUACCGACUGGGGCAGCGAGCGCCAUCGGCUUGGGGAUAUUGUGGCCUUCUGUUGGUCCACGAAUCCACCGCUGCCGUGCUUCCACAUCAACCGGCGGUACAACCGCGCCUCAAGGUGGAUCGGGACCGCGGAGCACAACGAGGAGGUUCUGGGGGAAGAGGGGCGGCAGGAGCCGACGACGGAGGAAGGGGAGGGAGAGACGAGGGUUGAGAACGUUGCGACAUCCAGUCGAGUCUUUCUCGACAAAAAAGCGCAUUGCCAGGAAGCGUGGAGUCCCUGCCAAGUCUCCAUCACCCCACUGUCGCCUGCGGAGGCGCGGAAUGAGAAGGCCGUUGCGGCAUUCCUGGAAAUGGAGCCCGCCAUCAUUCUCUCACGGGCUGAACGUUUGGGAAUGCGGCAGAAGUACUUCCGUAUGUCGCCCUCGUGCACAUUGAAUGAAGCCCUUCGUACCCUUUUUUUCAUCAGCGAGUUUCCUGUCUUUGAUGUCAUCCACGCCUCCGCGCUGGAGGCCUAUCCGCUUGUCACCGAGGCAGACAAGGAAUUUAUCCGAGAGAGUUUUCGUGCGGCACCGCGGCCGGCUAGGCCGGAGUGCAGGCCACGGCCUACAAAGGCAGAUCUUAGCCCUGAAGAAGCUGCACGCUUUGCAAACGUGCCUUGUCGUAUGUUUCUUGCUGGCAGCUGCAAACUCGCCGAGGGUGCGUGUCCGUAUUGGCAUUGCGCGUACAACGAAGUUCCGGCAUGUCGUAAUUUUGUUAAAUUCUCCAUUUGUGAGAGAGGCAGUUCCUGCAUUUUUCGUCACGACACCGCUGCUGUGACGGCGGCUCGGAAGCGGAUGAGAGAAGAGCGCAAACAUCCAUGCGAGCGGAGGAACAAACGACGCUAUGAAUAA